UGGCUAGUCGGCUCGCAGCAAUGGAAGAUCGUCGGGUAAGAGAGGAGUCCACCGCCAUCGGUGCUGCAAAAGAGGGCGCAAAGCUGAGAGAUCGAGCUUCGACUGUGCUUGAAAUUGAGGAGGUGAAAGAUGGAGGUGCGUCGUUGUUAUCGAAGCGCGGCGAGUCGAGCUUGCUGGUAAGGGUGAGAAAGGAGGAGAAGAUGAUACGGUGGGGCCGGUUUUUGCCUCGGAGGUUCCUUAGGGUUUUGCUCGUCGAAAACGAUGAAUCGACUAGGCAUAUUGUCGCUACUUUGCUUAGGAAAUGUAGCUACCAAGUUGCUGCAGUGGCAGAUGGGCUCAAAGCUUGGGAGGUCCUAAACGAGAAACACUACAAUUUUGACCUUGUCUUAACUGAAGUGGUGAUGCCUUCUCUCUCUGGGAUUGGUCUCCUUUCCAAGAUAAUGAGUAAUGAAAUAUGCAAAAAUAUUCCUGUAAUCAUGAUGUCAGCAAACGAUUCUAUUGGCAUAGUGUUUAAAUGCAUGCUGAAGGGUGCUGCAGACUUUCUAGUGAAGCCAGUUCGAAAAAACGAAUUAAGAAACUUAUGGCAGCAUGUUUGGAGAAAGUAUUGUUCUAUUAGUUGUGGGAUGGGAUCUGAAAAUAGGAAUCUGAACCAGGCUAGACUUGAGACUGUGUCUGACAAUGUUGCUGCGAUUAAUCAUGGAAUUUCAAAUGCUGAUAAUGGAUCUAAGACUCUAUAUAAUUCUGAUAAAGAUAGUGAUACUGAGAGCUCUUGUAUUCCGGAGGCCAAAAAUGGAAGUUUGCUGAAGCUAAGGAAAGCUCCUGAGCUUGAAUACAGGAAUUUCAUACAGGAAAUUGAUACAAAAUCAAAGAAGCAUGAAUACGAUGUGUCUCAUGAAAAGGGCAAAGCAAAAGAUGAGGCAACAGGGAUAGAAAUCAAAAUGUCUUUAUCUAUUCAAGCAGGAGCUUCAACCAAAAAUAUUUUUGAGGCCAAUGGUUUCUAUAAUGGAUCUCCAUGUAGAGAGGAAGACCAGGUUUCUGCCAGAAGUAAGGAGGGUGCCAUUUGUGAUUCUGAGCAUCUCAAUCAAAUUGAGGGAACAAACAAACUGUCAAAAGAAAUAUUCGAUUUCAUUGGGGCAACAAGUACUGAACAAAACAAAUUUCCCAUCUUGAAGGACGAAGAUCAUGCAGAAGAUAACUUGUGUAAAAACGACGAGACCCCAGAUUUUAUGAGAAACACAUUUAAUUCUGUUUCCUCACAAUCGUGGGAGCUUUCUUUAAGGGCACCACAACUUAAAUUCAAUGGUGAUCAUGUGCUGAAUCAUUCUCAUGCAUCAGCAUUUUCAAGGUAUGGUGGUGGAAGACUUCAUGUUUCAUGUCCAAAAUCAGAUUCUUCGUCAGCCAGUUUAUGCGUAAGAACCAGUGACUCUAAUGGUUCCAAUUGCCACAUAAAUCCAAACAUUGAUAAAGGGAAGAGCAUACCUUUUCCUCUUUUAGGGACAUUGAUUUCUCCUCAUAGAAAUGGAGGUGAAGCUGUAAGUUACUACCAGUUGUCAUCUGGUAGCAACAAAGAAGAUGCAGGCCCUUCAGCAUCAGUUUCUUUAAAAGAAAAUGCCUGUGUUGGUCAUUCUUCCACUGAGAAAUCUGUUUUACCUCAUCCUCAACUUGAAGCUAUACCUCUUUCCAUUCCUGUUGGUGCACUGCCUUUCCAGAACCUUUGUGCUGGCUAUGGUACUAUAGUGCAACCAAUCUUCUGCCCAAAACCUUCUCGACCCCUAUGUGGUUCUUCUGAAAUUGAGAAAGCGACAGAUUUUAGCCCAUCUGCUCAAGAUUGCAAUCAUCUUGUUAAUAAACAUCAUGUCAAUUCCUCUGACUGUUUUGAGGGCCGCCAACAGCAUAUGUGGAAGAAAGUAAUGGAGGAUCAUAAGUCCAAUAUCAAAAUCUCAUACCCUUCAGCGAUGCUCCGCACAUCUUAUGAGAUAGUUGAUCAGAUUGGCAACUGUAGCCGAGGUAUUACCGAUGCUAGUGGAUGCAACGGCAGUAAUGAUGAUACAAGUGCAGCCGUCAACACGGGAAUGAUUCUUGAGAGUGGGAAUGAAGAUGGUUUCCAGGACUGUCAUGGGAACGUUUUGGACCGCAGCUGUUCUCAACGUGAGGCUGCAUUGACCAGAUUCCGCUUGAAACGAAAGGACAGAUGUUUUGAGAAAAAGGUUCGGUAUCAUAGUAGGAAAAAGCUGGCAGAGCAACGCCCACGCUUGAAAGGGCAAUUUGUGUGUCAAGCAGUGGAUUGACUUAAGCCAUUUACUUAAUUUGAAAUAUUGUCAGAGGUUAAUUUACAGGUCAGAAAGUUAAAAGGUAUGGGAUGAAGCCUCAAAACUUUUCUGCAUCAGAUUAGUGUUUUGUUUCUUAAUCCCUCAUUUGGGGCUGCUGAAACAGUAGCCAUUACAAUACAAGAACUGCAAGAUGGUGGGGCCUAAAAUCCCAAUAAUUGCUGUUGAAACAGUGGAAAAAGUACCAUUUACAAUAUAAGAGCUGCUAGCAUUGUGGGGCCUAAAUUCCCAGUGGUUGCUGUAUUAUAUUUAACGGUUUCAUGUGAUACAUCACAAUAUAUAGAUUCAAAAUUAGGUUUAAUAUUUUUGGAUUAUCUGUUA